AGUAGGGACAUAAGGGAAGAUGAGGGGACAGGGUGGAGAGACAGGGAGGCAGAUGCAGAGCUAUGUGAAAAUGGGGCCAUUUGGCCCUAUGUGUGAAGCCCCACACACCUAUUUAACAGAGCAGCUCACCACCAUGGGCAUUUGUAGCAAAGGACGACAGAGGAAUAGGAACAAGAAAGAAGUGAAGAUUUUAAGAAGAGGUUUCCAGUGAAACAGAAGACUGAGAACACUUUGUUAACUUCAGACAGCUGGAAUAACUGCAAAAGAAACAAGGAGAAAGAGGAGUUGGAGAGUGAAAUGCUACUUUGCAGCAGGUGAAGAGGACGAGUAAACGCUGACAAGGAGUAUGCUGAGUGUAGAGAUGUACCCCAGUUUGAGUCUGGGACCACAGCGGAUUGGGGACUGCUUUUACAGAGACCGGGACGCUUCUGCCCACAUGCCGUUGUUCCCUCCUGCCUGUGAUGUUGCAGCUAAAGCGCUGCCCCCAAGGCUGCUGGCCCCUCCCCCAGUUCCCAACGAGCCUGCCACCAAAACCCAGAAAGAUGACGUGAGGAUGGAGCUGGAGAACGCGUCUUUAUGGAAACAGUUCAGCUCAGUGGGCACAGAGAUGAUCAUCACAAAGAAGGGCAGGCGGAUGUUUCCUGGGUUGAGGUUGAAGCUGUCAGGCCUGAAUCCAUCUCUACGUUACAUCCUCCUCCUGGACAUCAUCCCGGUAGACAACUCCCGCUAUCGUUUCCAAGGCAGCGGCUGGCAGGCCGUUGGCGGGGCGGAAGCGAGGCUGCCAGACCGGGUGUUCAUCCACCCAGACUCCCCGGCCACAGGUGCUCACUGGCAGAGUCGCACCAUCUCGUUUCACUAUGCCAAGCUCACCAACAACACUCUGGACUCACAGGGACACAUCAUCCUGCACUCGCUGCAUCGCUACCAGCCCAGAGUUCAUGUAAUUGAGGCCAGAGACGUGCUGAGGUGGGGCGGAGGGCAGCACUCCUUUGUUUUCCCUGAGACCCAGUUUAUCACAGUCACUGCCUACCAGAACAACAAGAUCACAGAGCUGAAGAUCAACUCCAACCCCUUCGCUAAAGGCUUCAGAGAGGAUGGCAUGAACAGCAAAAAACAAAGAGAUGCAAGACAGAAGCGCAAAAUGUCUGUCUUGACAGAAACCUUGGAUAUCGUGAACUGUGAUCCAUGCGACUCUACUGAGAUUUUGUCGCAGCCCACCACCACCACCACCUCCUCCACCUCCACCACCAGCAGCACAGACCUGCAGGCCCUCGCUCUGGCCUCUCUGCCACCACUGCCUGAUCCCACCUGUGGGUACAGACCAGAGGAGACCUCCUAUCAGGACACACUGGUCCCGGAGCAGCCGCUAGACCUCGGUCACGCGUUCAUGGCAUCCCAGAUGUCUGACAUCAGCAUCUCCAUGGCCAAUGGGAUGCAGGCCACACCAGGAAGUGAGGUGGCGAACAGUAUAAUUGAAAGAUCAGACACAAUGGGUGAAGCAGCUUACACCUCCACCUUCCCUGCUGCGCGGGCCAACUCCUCCUCUUUCCCCUCGGCUCCUCUUCCUCAGUCAUCCCCCUCCUUCUCCUCCCUCCCCGUCCCUGACCCCUCAGAUACUUCUGACCCUCAGCCCUCCAUCCCCACCAUCGACUAUCCCUCCAUCCUCUCCUCUUCUCCCACGCUCCCCUCCUCUACUACCACCAGCCCCUCUCUGCAGCAGACCUCCUUCACCUUCCCCACUCCGCCUCCUUCCAACUCCUCCUCGCCACAGCCGCUCCUCUCCUCCUCCUCCUCCUCCUCUUCUUCCUCCUCUCCCUCUGCCAAUACCUAUCACGCCAUCCCAGAGAUGAUCAGCCCCCAUGCACCUGCAGAUCCCAACUAUCCUGCCCCGGCUUCUGCGUGUCAGUCGGGCCUGCAGGACCAGAUAUCCUCUCAUCCUCUGCUCACCCAGCCCAGUCAGGUGCUGCAGGGUGGGCCUGUUACCAGCGGAAAUAAUUCACCCAGCGAUCAAAGCUCAGCAGCAUUUAUCUACCCAAAUAUCCUGCCAACAAAUCUUGAUCCUGCUCCAACUGCUGCUCAGCCUCUCUCCAACCAAAACCAACCACCAGCUCACCCUCUGCCAUGCUCCCUCCCCACCCACGGCGCCUCCACAUCUUUUUCCUUCCCCUCCGUCCCCCCGCACAUGCAAAAUCUCUCAUUUCCGAAUGUGUCCCCCGCCCCUGCCCACCCCGCCCUGCACCUCCCAAAUUUGAGCCACCAGGCCCCACCCCCCUCCCUUGCCGCUGCCUUCCCUCCCUCUUCCUUUGCUCAUCCGCCCGCCUCCCUUCCUCACCCUCCUUUCCAACCCUCCUCCUGCCUGGGUGUCUCCUCGUCUUUCCAGCAGUCCGUCUCCUCCUCUGCUCCACCGCUCCCGCUGACAGCCCAUCCUCAGAACUUGCCCAAUCCUUCCGCCGCUUCCUCCUCCUCCUCGUACCCUCCAGUUGAGUUAGGUGCCAUCCCUCAGUUCAACCCCCCUGGUCCCUAUCGCCCAGAGAUGGUACUGCACCACCCAUCUCUUCUCCCCCAGCUGGAUCCAUCUCUUCCCUCCUCCGCACCUCCCCAAGCCCUCUACCCGGCCUUUCCGUCCUACCCUCUCCGACUGUGUCAGGACCCUCACUCAUCCCUCUCCAUCCCAUUCAGGCAUCUGUACAGGCAACACCAGCAUGGUCAUGCCCACCCCCAGGGGUCGUACCUGGACAUGAGCACAAGACCUGUGUUUUAAUAUAAAGCAUGUUAAUGUUGACUAAAUGUUUUGGCCUUAU